GCGUGUGCGCGUGCGCAGAGGUGUACCGCUGGAAGGUGCGCUGGAGCUUGGAGGUGGAGGCGGCGCGCCGGGGAGGUGAGUAUUUCCUAAAUGACCUUACACUCUUUGCCACACUGGUCCUGGGCCACGAUGGGCCAGUCAGAGUCCUUACCCAGAAUUUUUUGAACUGAAAUUGAGAGAAAAGCCUUCAGUAUGGAAGCCAUAAAAGGUAAAACACAGGAGCUGUCAGCAGCCAUGUGUCCUGCCCUACGGAACCAGCUGGCCUGCUGUGAAAAGGAAGCCGACAUGCCAAAGGCGGCAGAGAACCAUGUGUGCUCAGUACUGCAUCUCCUUUGCUGAUGUUGAAAAAGCUCAUAGCAACAUUCAGGAUUUUGUCCACCUCACGCCUGUGCUAACAAGCUCCGUUCUGAAUCAAAUAGCAGGUCGCAGUCUUUUCUUCAAAUGUGAACUCUUCCAGAAAACUGGGUCUUUUAAGAUUCGAGGUGCCCUUAACGCCAUCAGAGGCUUAAUUCCUGACACUUCGGAAGGGAAACCCAAAGCUGUUGUGACUCACAGCAGCGGAAACCAUGGCCAGGCUCUCACCUAUGCUGCCAAACUGGAAGGAAUUCCUGCUUACAUUGUGGUGCCCCGGACGGCUCCCAGCUGCAAGAAACUGGCCAUCCAAGCUUAUGGAGCCUCUAUAGUGUACAGUGAGCCAAGUGAUGAGUCCAGAGAAAAGGUCACUCAGAGAAUUGUGGAAGAAACAGAAGGGAUCUUGGUCCAUCCCAACCAGGAGCCUGCAGUGAUAGCUGGACAAGGGACAAUUGCCCUGGAAGUGCUGAACCAGGUUCCUUUGGUGGAUGCACUGGUGGUACCAGUAGGUGGAGGGGGAAUGGUUGCUGGAAUAGCCAUUACAAUUAAGGCCCUGAAACCUAGCGUGAAGGUGUACGCUGCUGAGCCCUUGAACGCAGAUGACUGCUACCAGUCCAAACUGAGAGGACAACUGACGCCCAAUCUUCAGCCUCCAGAAACCAUAGCAGAUGGUGUCAAGUCAAGCAUUGGCCUAAAUACCUGGCCUAUUAUAAGGGACCUUGUGGACGACGUCUUCACUGUCACAGAGGAAGAAAUCAAGUAUGCAACCCAGCUGGUGUGGGAGAGAAUGAAGCUGCUCAUUGAGCCUACUGCUGGCGUUGGGCUGGCUGCAGUGCUGUCUCCACACUUCCAAACGGUCUCUCCAGAGGUGAAGAACAUCUGUGUUGUGCUCAGUGGUGGGAAUGUAGACUUAACCUCCCUAAACUGGGUGAGGCAGGCUGAAAGGCCAGUUCCUUACCACACUGCUUCUGUUUAGAUUCAUGGAAAAGAUAUGAUUGUCUCUAGAUUUUGUUUUC